ACUGAAGACUCUUAUGAAUCUGAAACUGAUGAUAGAGACAAUGAUUUUAAAGAGACCAGGGAACCUCAGUCAGGUGAUGUUACCAAUAUAAAGCCUUUGAGCUGUUCAGUCUGUAAGAUAUGUUUUUCAUGGAGACAAGGUUUAUGUAGACACAUGAGAACUCAAACAGGUGAGAAACCAUUUAGUUGCUCAGUGUGUCACAAAAGCUUCAGUCGUAAGAGUACUCUGCAGAGACACAUGAGAAGUCAUACUGGUGAGAAACCAUUUAGCUGCUCAGUCUGCGAUAAAAGCUUUGGAUAUAAGAGUAAGCUGCAGUUGCACAUGAGAAGUCAUACUGGUGAGAAACCGUUUAGCUGCUCAGUGUGUAGUAAAAGCUUCAGUCAAAAGGGUACUCUGCAGAGACACAUAAGAAGUCAUACUGGUGAGAAACCAUUUAGCUGCUCAGUCUGCGAUAAAAGCUUUGGACAAAAGAGUAAGCUGCAGAGACACAUGAGAAGUCAUACUGGUGAGAAACCAUUUAGCUGCUCAGUCUGCAAUAAAAGCUUUGGAUAUAAAAGUACUCUGCAGGAUCACAUGAGAACUCACACAGGAGAUAAACCUUUCAGCUGCACAGUGUGCAAUAAAAGCUUUGGACAAAAGAGUAAUCUGCAGUUACACAUGAGGAGUCACACAUUCAGCUCAGUCUGCAGUUAAAGCUUCUGUAUUAAAAGUACUAUGCAGAGACACAUGAGAACUCACACGAGCAGCAAGAAAUGAAGAAUCCUGUUCAGCUGUUACAGACUAGAAACUAGACAUCAGAGAUGCACCAUGACAUCAGAACAACAGUGUCUGGUGGCUAGGUCUGUAACUAUUCUGAAUCAGAGUGAGUGAUGACAAUGUGACAAUGGAAAACAACUUUCUCCUCUUACGGGAUCGCUGGCUAACAACUCAGCAAGAGUUUACUCAUUUCUCCAGGAACCACUACACCACUGAACAUAGUGGGCAUAAAUAGCUACGCACAGUUUAACUGUGUUCAUGACUAAGCACCGGACUGCUUUACUUUUGUAAAUGUAAUGUAUUGAUCUGGUUUUAUUGUUGUGAUUUUGUUAUGGUUUAUGUUAGGUUACUGUGUUACUCAUGUUCUACACUGCUAUGGUGAUCUUAGUUAAAUGUUAUGUUCCACACAGAAACAGUCUUUGUACAAGUAAUUAUUUUUAAUUUGCCACUGUUCAUAUAAGAUCACCUCAGCCUUUAACACAACCACACACAGCAGAGAGGACCUUUAAAACUCAGCGUUGUCUCUGCUGAACAAGCUCAACAUACAGUGCAACACACCCACUCUGUUUUUGUUAUUUAGUUUACUGCAUUGUAGUUUGAUCAUAUUGUGUAUUUAUACUUUAUCUUUUUAAUAAAUGCUUUCAAAUAUA